AUGUCUGAGACUUCUGCCGCCUGGCCCCUCGCCGAUGAGGCCCUCACCCAGAACCUUCUGGACCUUGUCCAGCAGGCUGGUCACUACCGCCAGCUGAAGAAGGGUGCUAACGAGGCCACCAAGACUCUUAACCGUGGUACCUCCGAGCUCGUUAUCCUCGCUGCCGACACCUCUCCCCUCGCUAUCCUCCUCCACAUCCCCCUCCUCGCUGAGGACAAGAACACCCCCUAUGUCUUCGUGCCCAGCAAGCUUGCUCUCGGCCGUGCUACCGGUGUUUCCCGCCCCGUGAUUGCUGCCAGCAUCACCACCAACGAGGCCAGUGACCUCCAGGGCCAGAUCAAGACCAUCAAGGACAAGGUCGAGAGACUGAUGAUCUAA